AGGAGCUGGGCCUGCCCGGGCCAAUACCCUCCUGGCCUUCUUUGUUCCCAGCCUGGCCAAGCCACUGCCAGCCCCCUGAAGAGAGCCAGUCAGACUGGGACAGAAGCGCUGGGCAGCCAUGAGGCUCCUGCUCGGGGCUCUGCUGCUGGGCUGGCUGUGUGGGGCCUUCGCCGCAGAGGAGUCCUGCGUGGGGCGCUGUGACAAGGGCUUUGACGAUCAGAAGAAGUGCCAGUGCGACGACCUCUGCUCCUACUACCAGAGCUGCUGCGACGAUUACUUCACAGCCUGCAAACCCAAAGUGACGCGUGGGGAUGUCUUUUUCAAGCCAGAGGACGAGUACCUGGAUUACUAUGACGUCGAUCUCACCAAUGCCACGGCUACUGUCCCCACCGACCCCUUCUCGGAGCCAGUGAGCGGAGAUCCACAGGAGUUCUGGCCAACAGAAGAGACAACAGUGCCCUUUGAGGCAACAGUGCCCUCUGAAACAACAGUGCCCUUUGAGGCAACAGUGCCCUUUGAGCCAACCCUCUCGCCUGAGCCCGAGACAGCCACCACGGAGUCAGAAGAGUUCUUGUGCAGCAGAAAACCCUUUGAUGCUUUCAUGACAGUGAAAAAUGGCUCCAUCUACACCUUCCGGGGGAAAUAUUUCUAUGAACUUGAUGAGAAGAGUGCAAGGCUAGGGUACCCUAAACUUAUCCGGGAAGUGUGGGGCAUCGAGGGACCUAUUGAUGCAGCCUUCACCCGCAUCAACUGCCAGGGCAAGAGCUACAUCUUCAAGGGGAGCCAAUACUGGCGCUUUGAGGACGGAGUCCUGGAGCCCGAUUUCCCCCGCAACAUCUCAUACGGCUUUAAAGGGAUCCCCGACCACAUCGAUGCUGCUUUUGCACUGCCCGCUCAGAACUACCUGGCCAGCGAGAGGGUCUACUUCUUCAAAGGGAAGCGCUACUGGAGCUACGACUUUGACAAGCAGCCGAGCCGCGAAAACUGCGAGGAGACGACUCCGUCGCUGGUCUUCGACCACUUUGCGCUCUUGCUGGAGGACAGCUGGGAGGAGAUCUUUAUGGAGCUUUUCGGAGGCUCACGGCGGAGCGGGGCCAGCAGGCCACGCUACAUUAGCCAGGACUGGCGAGGGGUGCCGAGCCAGCUGGAUGCCGCCAUGGUCGGCCGGAUCUACGUGGCGCACAGCCCAUCGAAACGUCGUCGCUCGAGGAAGAAGUCAUCACGACGGCAUCGCAAGAGGUAUCGCAGCCGCCGCCGCUGGGGCAACUGGAAGUCGAGUGCCUGGGAUUGGCCGGAAGACACAAGCUCAGAAUCCAUGGACCUGGACUGGCUGCUGAGCUCGCCCACCUCCUGCCAGCCCUACCAGAGCGUCUAUUUCUUUGUGGGAGACAAGUACUAUCGUCUUAACCUGCGCACGCGGCGUGUGGACUUCGUGUACCCCAAAUACCCGCGCAGCAUUGCCAAGUACUGGCUGGGUUGCCCGUCUAAUGCAGGUCUGGCCUAGCUGCAGCCGCAGCCCUCUUGAAGCUGACACCAGCAGCCCAAUAAAGCAUUGCCUUUCCAGCUUC